AUGUUGCGUUUAGCCGAUCGUAUUCGCCAAAAACAACGCGGGGAGCUCCCUAAGGAACCAGAUUCAGUGGAUUCAGUAUCCAUUAGGAAUGCCACCAUUCGCGACAAACUUCUUCUUCAGGAACUUCCUGAUCUCAAGUCUAACCUUACCCCACAGUGCGAACUCCGUCACAUAGACCCUAAUAAGUUGCAUCUACUCGAAUUGGUUGUGAAGCCAAAGGAGGGUUUUUGGGCAGGAGGACGUUUCCAGUUUGACAUAACAGUUCCUGAAGGUUAUAACCACUGUCCACCUCUCGUUAAGUGUGUUACAAAAAUUUGGCACCCCAACAUCGACGAGGAAGGAAGGGUUUGUCUUAGUCUUCUGCGCCCCAGCUCACUGGAUUCUUCGGGCUGGGCGCCGACAAGAAAGAUAUGCGACGUCGUGUGGGGAAUUGAAUCACUAUUCUCUGAUCUUUGUGAUUUCAACGACGCUCUUAAUACCGAAGCGGCUGAACAAUACGCUCGUGAUCCGGAGGCAUUUAGGCAACAAGUACGCAGUUACAUCUACGAGUAUGCGCGAGACUGA